CGGGUAGGUAGCAAGUUGUGAAGACGAGGGUAAUGUUGUAGAAUGCUGUCGAGCCACAGACCAAGGAAGGCAGUACAAUAACGCAGAGUCAUGCUGCCCACACCUCAGAGUCUUACCCAAUCCGAUUCUGCACUCUCGUCACCUACCACGAUACCCAGCGACUGGCUCCGUUUGAACAAUGAUGAGCUCAAGUCACUCAUUCGUGAAGAGCUGGUGCACCGCCUGGAUGCAGCAAUGGCUAAGAUGGCAAAGUGGCGCUCAACCAUUUCGGCUGCCCUUCACCCAGACCAUUCGACACCGACUCCCGAAACCAUUCGGGCGUACGAUAUUGACCAGCUAGAAGAGUAUGUUGAGAAAGUAGAGAUGGAAGAGCAGGAAUUGGAGAAAGCGUUUCUAGUCAAGAAGUUGGGCGCUAUGGUGGCUAGAAGGAGUGGCUCGGUGAAACCUCUUGAAGCAACACCGAGCCCAAGAGGAGAGUAUCUGGGGCAUGUAGCUAGAGGGAGCAGUAAUGAUAAUGCGUCGACUGUUGGGAGAGUAGCGAUUUUGUCUCUGCCACGUACACAGAUGGCAACGACGAUAGGUGCCGAGGGUAUCCAUGUAGAUGAACAGGUAAGGGACCUGUGUCCGCCGCCGGCACCGAGUUCCCAAACACCCAGCGAAAAGCGUUCCAGGAAGCGGUUCGUUAUCACGUCGAGGGAUGAGGAGGACGACGACAGCCAGAUAACCGCCGAACCGUCGCUACCUGUUAAGACCGUGGAUGUGAAGGUGGAGGAAGCGACGGAGGAAUUCGAUAUUGAUAUCUCAUCUGCGUCACCGGGCCUGAGUUUGGCUGAACCUCAACAGCACCCCAGUUCUAUGGAUGCAGUUGUCGUAGAUAUAGCCAUUGACGCGGCCGAUGAUGAUCCUAUCAUGUCAAAAAUACAGAGAUUACAAGCGAAAUGUCGCACGCCAAAGGUUGAACGCGCUACGACGGAUCCCGAGGUGAUCGUCAUAGAGGAUACUGAUGACAAAAUGGAAACCAUUGGAACUGGUCAGGAGAACGAGCUACCUGCUAGUCAAGAGCCGGAUACGCCACCAUCAGGAGAGGCAGCCGAGGAGGACAUGAACACACGUGAUGAUGAUAUUGCUGUCAAGUCGGAAAGAGAAUCCAACUCACCUAAACGCGUUGAGAAUGCUAACUUGAAACCACAUGACGGACACCCCGCGUACGUUCCUUGGAGUGUUCCCAACGGACUGGAAAUCAAUUCUCUCAGUUUAUCUCAAGUCGUGAGAGGGUUAUUGUGGCGACAUUUCCGGCACGGCAAUGGUGGAUUAAGUGCCAAAAGGAUCACCGGGCUGUGCGUUGAGUAUUUUCCCGAGCACAUGCAAAGUAAGCAGACAAAGAAAGCCAGAGAUAAAGGUAUCCGGAAAGCGGUGCGCCGGUACAUCCGAGCAUGUGGAUUCUGGGACAAGGCUGGGGUUUUCCCACCGAGUUCACAUGGUUUGGAGACUCCCAUCGUCCAGGCAAAACCCGUAAUGUACCUCAGUCCGCAAUAUUACAAGUAUUUGAAUUCGGAUCAUGAUUUCAAUGCGCAAAAGCAUCUUUUCGAGCAUGUUGACACCCUGACCUGUGCUCGUACACCAAAGAACCCUUCGUCUUUGCCCUCUGACCAUCCUGAAAGCAAUGUGUCUGUUCCAAUUGAGCCGGGAACCAGUUGUUCACAUCGAAGUCUCGGGCUUGGGCACAGCUCUAAUUUUGAUCAUACUACCCUACCGGGAGCAGUGCCAAUUGAGGUACGACAAGAGCGUGCUUUACCGCAGCCGAAGCGUACUGGUAAGCGACCGAAUGGCCAAGCCGGGAAUUCCCAUGGGGACUUGAAUGAGAUUCCAUCUACUCUCGCAUCGUCGAAUCGAUCGAAGAAAAGAAGAAAAUCAAAAAAACGUCGCGCAUCCUCACAUGAAUCGGACAGUGAAGAUGAUGAUCUUUACACAGAAGAAUCGAACGAUGAUGAUCUUUACAUAGAAGAAUCGAGUGACGCGGACACUUGGUUGCCUACGCCUCGCAGAAAACGUGUCAAAGUGGAUACCGAAACGUCUGCUAAGCUGCCUCAAACAACUCAGAUACCGACUGUGCUCAAACGUCCAUGGUCAGAAAAGUGGACAUCGACCAAGCCAAUGAUUGCCUAUACGUACUGGCAGAUGUGGAACAAACUCGGUGGAGACAAUAUUAAUACCUACCGCAAUACAAGCUUUCGUGCUCACCAGAGAAAUCUGGUUCCAUAUGCAGCGCUUGUCAAAGACAAGUGGAACCCCGGCCGCCUUCCGCAAUCCGCUCUAUUUGCCAAGGACCCAGGUCAGUCGCUCCCGGAAGCCCUCCAAAAGUGUAAAGAGUGGUGGAAGAGAACUCUUGGGUGGCGAUUCAAAACGGGUGCUGUACCAGUGUUUUGCAACUUGCCGAAAAAGAUUGCUGGACUGCAGCUUCCCGCAUCUUAUUGGCUGUAUCUCGGCCCUUGUUAUUUGGGUGACGUUCUUGCGAAAACACCGUUUGAAGAACUAUCGACAGCCAGUCGUGCCGUAUGGGAGAAAUAUUGCGAGCAGGAGGAUGUGAUGGUGGAGGUGGAGAUCUUGCCAAGCUCGGACCCAGAUGACCUUACAAUGGAGCAACUGGUUUGUGACGGGGACUGCGUGCGCCGGGCAAUAGAAGUAUUUGGUGACGAGAGCGUGGGACCUGAUAAGGUGGUCCUCUGCGAUUGUACUCCUGGUUUAUUCCAUCAACGCCAUGGGGCCCAAAGUCGGCAGUGUUGUAGUUGGGAUUACAAGAAUACCAGGUGUGAGUGUUACUGGCGGACUCGAGAGCAAAUUGAGGCAGCCUUUUAUCAAGAGUACGGACGGUUCAUGAAAAAGGAUGCGAUUCCUGAAUUGGGAGCUAGUGCGACGAAUUGCCUUGGAGGUGGUCCGCAGCCAAAUGGGGCCGUCACGCGUGACGGGACACCGGGAGACAUUGCUGACGAAUGUAAAGAAGAAGAGGACGCAGACGUUUUGGUCAAGGACGAGGCGAAUGAGGAGGAUAGCCAGGAUAAGGAUCAUCAGCCUAAUGAGGAGACUCACAACUCGCGGCCUUUGUUUAGCGAAACGCAGCCUAUUUCCGAGGACGAGUUAUUUGUAAUUGACAAAAUGCCAGCACGGGAGGUAGAACUCUCUGAGCGUCGUGAGGAGAUAAACACGUCUACAGAAAUAACAGUCAAUGGAGAUGAAGCUCCCAAACAGAUACCCACCAACGAGAGUCCAAGUUGUCAGGAUGAACAAGGGCUGAUGCAAGUGGAUAAAGUGUCAUGAGCAUGAUUCCCUGGGUACAGAGAAGACGUAAUAAAUCGGACUUGCCGACUGAAGCAACAUGGGCCAUAUGCGGUGGAGGAACCUGAUGAGACAAACGGGUCAGGUCCAAUCUACGACCUGCAAAGACUGUUUAUCGACUGUGUCCAUGCUAGGUGGGUUGCGGAGCCUGGAAUUUAUAGUGCAAUCGGAGAUGAUAUCCAGAUCGCAGAGUCCAUCGCCAUUUAUGUGAGGUUCAUAGCAUAUAUAUAUAUUGUAUAUAGUAUUUCAUCAUGGUUGUCGCUUGAUUCGUCAUAUUGCCUAAAUACAUGGAUUUUUGCA